GCGCCGAGCGCCUCUCAUCCAGAGAAGAAGCCAAUUAUUAUUAUUAUUAUUAUUAUUAUUAUUAUUAUUUAACUUCGACGGGAACCCGUUCGGUCAACGGAUCAACAUGCCCCGGUCAUUCCUGGUGAAAAACAAGAGGUGCACGUCCUACAAUGUUCACCGAUCAUAUGAAGAGGAGCCCAAGGCCCCCGUAAGUACAGAAGUCCCGCCCGAGGUUCAGAGCACAGACUCUGCAGACAGGCCUCAGUCGGAGGGGCAGUGUUCCCCGCCGGACCGCUGUUCAUUUGAAAAGGAGGAGGCAGAGCUUGCGUGUCCCUUACCUGUUCAUCCGGAGCCCACCAGACCUCCCGCGGCUCCCACACAGCCAUACUUUCUAGCCGAGCCACACAUGGCAGAGUUUCCGCCUUACUACAAGCCAACGUAUGCCUGGGAGUCGGUGCCUUCCUCCUACGAGCUCCGUCAGAUGAGUUUCAGCCCCACGGUGCUGCAGCAUGCCAACAAUCUGUACGGCAGCCACAUCAGCCGCAGCCCACAGCCUCAGCAGCCUCUGGACUGCAGCACGCACUACUCCCCGACCUCUAACACCUACCACUGUAUCACCUGUGAUAAGGUGUUCUCAACGCCCCACGGACUGGAGGUUCACGUCAGGAGGUCACACAGUGGAACGAGACCUUUCGGCUGCAGCAUCUGCAGAAAAACCUUCGGUCACGCAGUCAGUCUGGAGCAACACAUGAAUGUCCACUCUCAGGAAAAAAGCUUUGAGUGCAAGAUGUGUGGGAAAUCAUUCAAGCGCUCCUCCACUCUCUCCACACACCUCCUCAUCCACUCGGACACGAGGCCUUACCCCUGCCAGUACUGCGGCAAGAGGUUCCACCAGAAGUCUGAUAUGAAGAAACACACAUACAUUCACACUGGCGAAAAACCCCACAAAUGCCAAGUGUGUGGUAAAGCAUUCAGCCAAAGCUCCAACCUGAUCACCCACAGCAGGAAACACACAGGCUUCAAGCCGUUUGGAUGUGACAUUUGUUCCAAGGGCUUCCAGCGUAAGGUAGAUCUCCGCAGGCAUCACGAUAGCCAGCAUGGCAUGAAGUGAAAGAGAAACGAACACGAGGACCUACACUCAACAGUAGCAAGUGUUUGUACGUGUACAAUAAAUUGCUAUUAAAACAAUAAGCUGAUGUUAUUGUAACCUGAAUAUCUGGUAUAUUUUGGAUGGACUUUACAGAUAAAGUACGAGAAUAAGAAAGCUGUGAAAUCAAAUUGCAAGCGAAGGCGAUUUAAUUCCAGAAAAAUGUCAUCUGUGUCAUGAAGAAAUUGAGUGGUUAAGUAAAAUAUAUUUAGUUAAUAUAUUGAAAGUUGUUUUCUCUCAAAGAUGUGUUUACGUGUGGAUGAAUGGGAGAUGUCGCUUAUGUUUAACAUGUGCUUUUGGCAACAAGAACGUCACUUUUGGUUGCAUAGAGUUAAUUUAAAAUAUGUUCUGUAUGUGAGUUGAUAAAUGCAAAU